AUGCCGAUCUCCCCCACGGAGAAAGAGAUGCCCAGGCACCGGUGGUACAAGCGAUCGUCCGGUGCUUCUCGGUCCGUGCGGUCACCGGCCAGGGCCGAAUCCUGGCAUCUCAAAGCACCGCUGGUCAUGCGGAUCUCGUCUACGGAGACAGAGAUUCCCGGUCACGGGCGGUUGAAGCGAUCCUCGUCGUCCAAGGAUGCCAGGGCCGUCUCCUCACACUGUAAAGCAUCGCGUGCCAUGCGGAUCUCAUCGACGGAGAUAGAGGUUUCCGGCCAGGGGCGGUUGAAGCUGCCGUCGUCGUCCGAAGCCGCCAGCGCCUCCUAUCCAACCUGGGUGAUUCUGAACAGGAUCUCCGGCGGCGAGCAGGUCUCCGUCUCAUUCGUGCUCGAGAAGCCGCCGCGGACUUCCCUCGUCACCCUCGACUGGCCACAAGGGCCCCGCCCGUCGGAGGGGAGCACAUCAAAGCCGCGCGUCUUUGCCGCGCACCGCAACGUCGUGCUGCUCGAGAUCAUCUCCCGCGCCAAGUACCAUGCUUCCAUCGACUUCUUCGUUUACAAGGCCAGCGGCAGCCGGGGGCCUUCCUUGACGCGUUUGCCUCUUUGCUACUGGAAGGGGCCUUCGAAUGCAGACAGCCCUCGGCCGCGCAUCACGGGCAAGUACUCCACGGGUCUUCUGUCCUGCAGCGAUGAUUUCUUCGUUGUAGCUGAUCUCGCUAGAAGGUCACCUCGACCUUCCCGAGUUGACAUGUACCUCAUGUGCUCUGGGUUCAACGACUCGCAAGUCUUGAGGAAUGUGCCUAUCCAUGAUGCUGAUGGCGUCUCACAUUUGUCCUGGUGGUCAACUGAUGUGGUGUUUACCCUGCCGCCAUCACUUGAUCUGGGUGCACUAUUUCAGAGGGAUGAUUGUUGCCCACAUCACACAUCCAGUAAACGGCGCCAUUGA